CACGGAAAAUGGAAGGUUUCGACUACGUCAUCAAGCGGCCACCGCAGGCCAGGGUUUGCUUCGGAUCCACCAUCAAGAGGGACGUGGUUCCCCUGAAAGGACCCGCAGUGAGCUCCAUCAUGCGACGGACCAUGCCCAAAUCGGCCGGAGAAAAUCUUGCUCCUGGAGCGUACAACAUUACCUACUAUGACAAACCAUUCCAUCCGGCUCUGAAGGCGGUCUGCAGCAAUCGAGGGUACGGUUCACUUUCGGCGACCACCAUUCGGUUCAAAUUCGACGAAGUUAGCAGCAGCCCGGGAGUGGGAGAGUACGACACCACCAAAACCAAACCGGCGAAAGUUUUGAGCCAACCAUUCGGAGUGAAUGUUCCUCGAUGGAAGGAGAGACCCAUUGCUGCUGUGCCCGGUCCCGGAACCUAUGUGACCAAGCAACGUAAGGACAUUAGGAUGCAAUCGUUUGGAGGGAAAAUCAAAAUCAUUCCAGCGACGAUGACAAUCUGCAAGACGGACAAUUUCGACCGGUGCUACCACUGCGAACAGAAACCGGACGUUGACUACUGGAAGAGCUUCAAGAGCGAUCGAACCCUCUGUCGACGGUGCAUGGAGAAGGAAAUCGACGAUGCCAAGUACAAAUCGAAAACGAAAUCCGUUAUGAUGAAGCAGUUGGAAACGUUGAGGGAGUUCAAGCGCAUUCGGCACUGUUCGUAUUAUCACAAGCACGACAAAACAACGGCGGCAAUCCAGUUCGUAAGCAAUCGAGAUUUGAAACACAAGUUUAGAACCGAAAACUAUCUAUCAAUGUUCGAAUAAAGACACU